AUGCCAAAUUUAGCUGAUAAUAAUUUUAACAGUGCCUCUUCUAACAAUCAUCUGAAUCUAAUGAAUAGAUUCACAUUUGACUUUAAUGGGUCAAGCGAAGAAGACUUGAAGGACAUUUUAGCUGCUAAUGGUAAAAUUUACAAUUACUAUUUAAAGGAAUAUUUUAAUGAAACGGAAAACAAAAAUGAUACAGAAAAUAUCACAAAGACUGAUAGUGAUUUAGGCGGAACUACUAUUGCGCAGACUACCGAAAUGCCUGGCAUUAUCCGUGCUGUUAACAGUAACUACAAUGUUUCUGUGGCUGGUAGUAAAAUCAGUAAUAUUUCUGUUAAUUUGGAUUCUUUUCCCAAUGCCAAAUCAUCUGCUGUAACUCUAGACGAUAUUAUUAAUGGUUAUUUUUCUUCAGAAAACGAAAGAUUUCAAAGAGCAAGCGGAUGUGAUACUAUUGUGACUGUUGAUUCAUCUAUGAAAAGGGAAAUGCUGAAUAACUCUAGAGAUUCUUUCAGUAGUACCGAACGAAAUGAAGCAGAAGAAAUAGAGGAAGAGAACCAAAACGAUAGAAAUAUUUUUGUUGAUCAACAAUGGUCUUAUACAAGAACCCCUAUUCAUGUUUUAGAUGAUCAUUAUGCCUUACAAGAAUUAUUACAUUUACAACAUCAAGAUUUAGAACUUAAUGUUGUUGCUUCAGUAGAGCAUACUUAUGAAUCAAGUUUUAGAAAUUACAGUUCUAGUAACGUUUCGUCUUAUUUUUCUUCCAGUUGUUAUUGUAAUAAUGUGUUUGAUAAUAACCCAUAUUCGAUUACUAGUUCUAUUGUUUCUGAAGAAAAUAUUUUUUUGGAAAAUAAUAAUUUUAAUGCCAAUGAUAACAAUCUAUCAUAUAAUGUUCGGAAUUUAACUUUUCUCUUAGAUAAAGUUAAAAAAAUUGGCUUGAGUUUAAAAGCUUUUUUUAAAAACAAGUAUGUUGUUUUUAAUGCAGAAAAAAUUGGGAAAAUUAUAAAGUUGAGAGAAAUUUUGAUAAUAUUAGCUGGUCAGCUGUGUAACAAGUUGAAAUCUAUUAAAGACGCUAAAAUGAUACAUUUGAAAAGAUUUUGCCGUUAUAUUAGCAAAUAUACCAAUAUUUUAAUAAAUUUUAUUUCAAAGAAAUGCUCAAAAAUCUUUAAAACUAUGGGGAAGCAUUCAUCAAAAUUGAACAAUGAGAAUAAAUAUGAUUACGAAUUAAUUAAUAAGGACUCCGCUGAUGCUAUUUCCUUUAUUUCCUCAAUGGAUUCGCAUAGAUUCUCAGUUACACAUGGUUGUUUCUCUGCAAAUUUUUAUCAGCCUGAUAUUUUAAACAUUUUAAAGGAUGUUGCUAAAGAUUAUGAUAGAAACUCAUUUCUAGCUACUUUUAAAGAAUGA